AUGAUCUACCCAUCCACGAUGGGUGGGACCCAUUUUCUCACGGGCUCGGAUAGCCUCAUCUGUCUCUUCGACGUAUCCCGAACAGGAGCACAAGGCCCUGUGACCUCAAUGCCGACUAUCCCUAGCAAACGAAAGCAGAUUGUGGGUGGCGGCAUCGGGAUGAAGGGUAUUGUUUCAGCCCUGGCUCUGAACCCUAGUGGAGACGGUAUCCUGGCUGCAGGCACUUUCACCAGACACAUUGGACUGUACAGUUCAAAUGGCUCGGGGGAGCUCCUUGGGACUUUUAGCGUGGCGAAUACCAAUGCCAACCGAGAUAUCGGGGGUCGCGGAAUUACACAGCUUGUCUGGAGCCCCUGUGGCAGGUAUCUGUAUGUCGUCGAGCGUAAGAGUGAUGGCGUUUUGGUUUAUGAUGUUCGGGUCACGGGGCAACUGCUUGGGCACUUGCGUGGGCGCAAGGCUCACACUAACCAACGCAUGAAAAUUGAUGUUAUUUCAUCUGGUUCUGAUGGCUCUCAUGAGAUUUGGGCUGGUGGUACUGAUGGAUUCAUGAGGGUUUGGAGGAGUCCAGAGCACUGUGCAGGUGGAAAGGGUCCUGAUUGGGAGUUCAAGAUUCAUGAUGGUGAGUCCUCUGGCAAUAUUCAAGAUGCUCAGUGCUUAUGUAUGACAGAUGCCGUGACGAGUACAUUGUUUCACCCCACGGGAAGUGUCGUUGCAACCUGCUCUGGACAGCGACAUUUGGUUUCAGACGAUUCGUCUGACGAAGAUAUUCCAGUGAAGAACAUUAAGCAGGCCGAUAACAGCUUGAAGGUUUGGUCAAUGCCGUACCUGUUUCCAGAAACCGAGGUAAACCAUGACCUAAACCCCGCAGGUUGA